UACAAAAAUAAGAAAGAAAACAAACAGCGCUUCAAUCCUUUGUUUUUCGUAGGAUGAAAAUGGGAGCCACAUGCUUAAUAAGGGAACUAAUACCCUAUAAGCAUUUGAAAAUGCAGCUCCUAUCCUUUCCCAUGUUAAAAAAAAUUGUUUUCACGCACAGCGCAAUUCUCUCAGAGAGCCUCCGUCAAGGCGAAUAGUGGUAGUUUAAGAUUUUUGAGUGACCCGUGGUGGUAGUUAGCUACCACAAUGGGCGAUGAUGAUGAUGGCGGGGGAACAUCGUACCGCAUCAACGAAGCUUCGUUAUUGGCAUCGGACUGCUCGAGCCAACAAGGCGAUGUAAAUGCUAAUCCCUUUGUCUCCCUUCACCCUGGUGCUUCUGCAAUGGACACCAACAGUAAAUCUGUUUCGACGUCCCCCCGCCUCAAGGCCUACCCUCCCGACUUUGGCGGGCCAUAUGUUGUUUUCUUCCGACCCAAAGGCAAACGUUUGAACACCGUUCAAAUCAGCAAGGAUCUGACUAAGCGGUAUUCUUCCGUUGUCUCCAUUGACAUGGUCGGUACAGCUAAGCUUCGGGUGACAGUAGGCGACCGAAAACACGCUAAUGAGAUUGUGGCCUGCGAGUUGUUUACACUUGAGUACUUCGUUUACCUACCAAGCGCGUCGAUAGAGAUUUCGGGGAAGGUCGCCGACGCAUCUUUGACCUGCGAAACGAUCAUGCAAGGCUGUGGUCGUUUCCAUAACCCUUCUCUUCCUCCUGUCCAGAUACUGGAUUGCCGGCAACUGCAUUCGGUGUCCCAGGAGGGCGAGAAGAAGGUUUACACACCAUCUGAAGAAUUUUCUGUGACCUUCUCCGGAUCUGCAUUACCAGAUCUGCUGGUGAUUGGCAAACUUCGGCUACCUGUGAGGCUGUAUGUACCGAAGGUAAUGAAUUGCAUCAAUUGCAAGCAGCUGGGCCACACCGCCCAGUACUGCAGCAAUAAACCUCGCUGUGCAACAUGCAGGGAGAGACAUGUGGACGGUGCGUGUAAAACGCCGCUCAAGUGUGUUUAUUGUGGCAGCGACCGUCCACAUGAUCUGAUUGAUUGCCCAAGGUACAUACAGCAGAAAAAACAUCAAAAACGAUCGUUGCAGCAGCGAUCACGGCGAAGCUACGCCGAAAUGCUGAAAAAAGCUGCCCCGACCGUUGAAUCCCGUAACAUCUACUCGUCUUUAUCUCUCGAUGAUCAGGGCUCUGACUCUGAGGUCGGGGACGGGGUUCCCUUUGUUUUCAAGGGUGAAACGAGGAAACGGAUGAGGCUCCAGAGACCCACCAAAAAACCUCGGAAUCUGCCUAGCAGCGACCCCCAACCCACCAUGACAAAUUUGAAGAGUGGUAAGAAAGCCACAAAACGUUCCCCUCCGGGAUUCAAAAUCCAGGACGAACGAGACUUUCCAUCACUCCCGGGAACAUCUAAAAUCCCAGAUGUCCCACGUUUUUCGAAUUCUCAACCGGAAAGACAGCAUUCGGAGCACCAGGAGCAACCUCAGGGUGCGCCAUUGUUUACGCUCUCUGGCAUUGUAGACAUCAUCCUCAGCUUCUUCAAUGCUUCAGACUCCGUGAAGAACAUUGUAAAAGGACUUCUUCCUUGCGUGACCCCUCUUUUGAAGCAGUUGGCUUCUAAAAUGCCCCUCCUUGCGACAAUCGUAUCUUUCGAUGGCUAAUUUAACCAACGAGGUCGAAGAUACGAUUUCGGUUCUACACUGGAACUGUCGUAGUAUUACACCGAAAUUAGACGUUUUUAAAUUUUUAGUUUACAAUUUACAAUGCGAUGUUUUUGCACUAUCCGAAACAUGGCUGACACCUGAUGUAACCUUACCUUUUCCCGAUUAUAAUAUCAUUCGCCUUGAUCGAUCCGACUCUUACGGAGGGGUGCUUCUAGGGAUCAAGAAGCAGCACUCAUUUUACAGAGUCGAUUUUCAUCCGAUGACAGGCAUUGAAGCCGUCGCAUGUGAGGUGACUAUCCGAGGUAAAACCCUCAGUGUUGCCUCCAUAUAUCUUCCACCGAGAACUGCAAUAUUUCGCAGGGAUCUCGCCCACAUCUGCUCGGUUAUGCCCGAGCCUCGGCUGCUCAUGGGAGAUUUCAACUCCCAUGGUACAGGCUGGGGGGAACUGUACGAUGACAGCCGUUCAACGUUGAUAUAUGACCUCUGCGACGACUUCAACAUGACAAUUUUGAAUACCGGAGAAGUUACACGAGUGGCACCUCCAGCUCAAGAUGGCAGCCCUAGAAACAGCCGAUUAGACCUCUCAAUCUGUUCGAGCUCACUAUCGCUGGAGUGUACAUGGAAGGUUAUCCAGGAUCCUCAUGGUAGUGAUCAUCUGCCGAUUGUUGUUUCUAUUUCCAAUGGGUCACAUCAACCUCCAUCUAUCGACAUCGCCUACGAUCUCACCAAGCACAUUGACUGGGAGAAGUACGCAGAAGCAAUUAUCGACGGUGAACAAUCGGUAGAAGUCCUUCCACCGCGGGAAGAGUAUCAGUUUCUAUCAGAACUGAUCAUCAGUAGUGCGCGUCAGGCACAACGUCGACCAGUGCCAGGUCCGUCGGUUCGCAGGAAACCCCCCAAUCCGUGGUGGGAUAGUGAGUGUACAGAAAUAUAUCGCGAGAAAUCCGCGGCGUUCAAAGAGUUUCGGAAACGCGGUUCGGUCGAAAACUUCAAGCGGUUCGCUUCCCUUGAAAGCAAGUUCAAGAACUUGAUCAAGGCGAAGAAAAGCGGUUACUGGCGUCGGUUCGUCGAGGGUUUGUCGCGCGAGACUUCGAUGAGAACUCUUUGGAACGUCGGUAGAAGAAUGCGUAACGCGUCGUCGGUCAACGAGGAUCGAGAAAGCUCUCCUCGAUGGAUCCUCAAGUUCGCAAAAAAAGUUUGUCCAGAUUCCGUGCCCGUGGAGCGAAUAAUUCGUGAUGUUUCCGACGAUAGGGACGACAUGGAUAGGCCGUUUUCAAUGAUUGAAUUCUCACUUGCUCUUCUUUCAUGCAGGGCUGAAAAUCGUCGCCGUACGACCAAAAAAGUCGACGACGAGAACGAAAACUAGAUCGUCAUCGUUGCUCGUUCCACAUCGGAUGACUCAGUCAAGCCAGCGAAUCGUCGUGAAGGGCUUGCGUCGUGACGAAAACAAAAUCUUCAUUCGCUUUGUUUCGUUCUUCGUCCAAGUGCGUCUAGCCGACGGAGUCAAUGUUGCCACCAGCAACACACAAAAAAAAAGAUUUUUAUAAAAAAAUAAUUGCACCUGGAAUCAAACAACGAACCUCUAGAUUGCCAAUCCAGCACUCUUACCAACUGAGCUACUGAGGUUUCACACCACCGUAAGUGCCGAAACGCCAAUAAAAGCUAUUCCCAGUUGGCGUUCGCUUGUCCGUCGUCGCUCGUUUUCAGGGAACAAAGAGGACGACGAAAAAGUUGGUGGAUAACUAUUUAUGAUUGAGCUUCGUCGUGAAGCCCGCAGUCGGCGACGAAAAGGCUAAUCGUCGCCGUUGUUCUUUCGGACGAAGAUUGUUUUAUUGUUAUCUUCACGCAGUGGUGACGAGAAGGACGAUUGUCAACCCUGCUUUCAUGUAACAAUUCCGCUCCAGGAAUGGAUCGAAUCAAGUUCAACUUGCUUAAAAACCUCCCCGACGUCGCUAAGAGGCGCUUGUUGAACUUGUUCAAUCAGUUCCUGGAUAACAACAUCGUUCCGGAUGAUUGGAGACAAGUGAGGGUGAUAGCUGUUCAAAAACCCGGGAAACCCGCGUCGGAUCAUAAUUCGUACCGUCCAAUCGCGAUGUUGUCUUGUCUACGGAAGCUGUUGGAGAAGAUGAUUCUCUUUCGACUGGACAAAUGGGUUGAAUCGAAUGGCAUGUUGUCAGACACACAGUUUGGUUUCCGCAGAGGCAAAGGUACGAACGACUGUCUUGCGUUGCUUUCUUCAGAAAUUCAGCUUGCCUUUGCUCAAAAGCAGCAAAUGGGCUCAGUGUUUUUGGAUAUUAAGGGUGCUUUUGAUUCAGUUUGUGUCGAUGUUCUUUCCGACAAACUACACGACUGUGGCCUUUCCCCAAUUCUUAACAACUUUUUGUAUAAUUUGCUGUUUGAGAAGCAGAUGAGUUUCGCUCAUGGUGACUUGACAGUUUCACGAAUUAGCUACAUGGGCCUCCCCCAGGGUUCAUGUCUAAGCCCCCUUCUUUACAACUUUUAUGUUAGAGACAUAGAUGAUUGUCUCAUGGAAAACUGCACGUUAAGGCAGCUUGCGGAUGACUGUGUUGUCUCUGUAACGGGAUCAAUAGCAGUCGAUCUGCAAGGACCACUACAGGAUACUUUGGACAAUUUGUCUACUUGGGCUCUCAAGCUGGGUAUCGAGUUCUCUCCGGAGAAAACUGAGAUGGUUGUCUUUUCUAAAAAACACAAACCGGCAAAGUUUCCGCUCGUUCUGAUGGGUAAGGCAAUCACUCAUAGCAUGUCUUCACAAUACCUCGGCGUCUGGUUCGACUCCAAAUGCACCUGGGGGAAGCACAUUGUGUAUCUGAUACAGAAAUGCCAAAAACGAAUCAACUUUAUGCGAACUAUUACCGGAACAUGGUGGGGAGCACACCCGGAAGAUCUGAUCAGGCUGUACCAAACAACCAUUCUAUCGGUUUUAGAAUACGGUAGCUUCUGUUUUCAAGCCGCGGCGAAAACACACUUGCUGAAGCUUCAACGGGUUCAGUACCGUUGUCUUCGGAUCGCGUUAGGUUGCAUGAACUCGACUCACACAAUGAGUUUAGAGGUACUUGCUGGUGUACAGCCUCUGACAGACCGCUUUGCGGAGUUGUCGUUCCGGUUCCUCAUCCGAUGCGAGGUUGUGAAUCCGUUGGUCAUAGAAAACUUCGAAAAGCUGCUCGAACAGAAUCCCCAAACUCGUUUUAUGAGUGUGUACUACUGGUACAUGACGCUGGAGGUAAGCCCAUCUCCGGUUAACACCAAUCGUGACAACUUCUCAGACUUCGACAGCUCCUCUGUGGAUUUUGAUUUCUCUAUGAAGGAUGAGAUCACCGGUAUACCGGAAUCUUUUCGUUCCAUAGGUAUUCCACAAAUUUUUGCAAGUAAGUUCGGGCAUGUUAGCGGGGCCAGACAGUUCUUCACAGAUGGUUCCAAAACCGAUGAUUCGACUGGAUUCGGUGUCUACAACGAAUUUCAUAGCGCCACCUUUAUGCUUCAAAAGCCAUGUUCGGUAUAUAUUGCUGAGCUAGCGGCUAUACACUACACCUUAGAGUACAUUCGCACUCUCCCACCUGAGCACUACUUCAUUUUUACCGACAGUCUAAGCUCUCUGGAGGCUGUUCGGUCAAUGAAACCGAUGAAGCACUCAGCGUACUUCCUGAAAGGAAUACGCCAAGUCUUGAGUGCUUUGUCCAAACGCUCAUACAUCAUCACCAUAGCUUGGGUCCCUUCACAUUGCUCAAUUCCGGGCAAUGAGAAAGCGGACUCUCUGGCUAAGGUGGGCGCUAGCGAAGGCGAUAUUUAUGAGCGUCAAAUCGCCUUCGACGAAUUUUUUGAAUUGGCCCGUCAGGAGACCUUGAUCAGCUGGCAACACAAAUGGAGAGAUGGAGAGAUGGGUAGAUGGUUGCACUCCAUCAUUCCACAGGUGUCGAAGAAGCCAUGGUUCAAAGGGUUGGAUUUGAGCCGCGAUUUCAUUCGUGUAAUGUGUCGGUUGAUGUCCAACCACUAUUUGUUGAACGCACAUACCUUCCGUGUUGGGCUCUCAGAAAGCAAUCUCUGUGUCUGUGGCGUGGCUUACCAGGAUAUCGAACAUGUCGUGUGGGGAUGCAAUGAGUAUCGUGAGGUCAGAUCUGAGCUGCAUGAAAUUCUCCGGGUCCGAGGAAAACAACAGAAACCCGUUAGAGAAGUGUUGGCAGGACUUGAUUUGGAAUACAUGAACCUGAUUUACCAGUUUUUGAAACGUGUUGAUGUCAGAGUUUGAUGUAGUACGUUCCUUGUUUUCGUUGUCCGCCUUUUGGUUUUGUUGUUCGCCCCUGUCUGUCGUCACCCCCUUCCGUUUGUCCUCUUCUUGUCGUUUUCUACCGAUAAAGUCCUUU